CACACAUACUGGGAGUAUAUAUCUGAAGUGCUAGGUCAUAUGGUAGUUCUAUGUUUAAAAUGGUAGCUUCUUUUUUAUUCUUUUUUCCUUGGUUCUGAAGUUUGGAGCAACACCAAGCAAGGCUAAUUUCUCUCUCUCUGAAUAUUCUGUGAGCGUUUGAAAAUAGCUAUGAUGUCCUUUCUAAGUCUUCUCUUGUCUCAGCAAAAUAUUCCAAGUGAUGUAACCUGUUUUUUUAGAAGCCAAAUGUAAGAUCUUCUACUAAUCCCACCUACAUUUCAUGUUAAUUACUUUUAUCAAGUAGUUCACUCUAGGGGAAGAUCCAAAUACUUACUCUGGGGUCAAGUGCCUCAGGCUGCUUCCCCAAGUUUAUGUUUCCUGACCUUGCGAUACACGGAGGAAACAUUUUAGAGUUACAAAAGCAGAAGUCAUCUUUAUUUGCCAGUUCAUGAAUAAUCACAAAGUGGGUGGUGACGAUAAAAGUCCUCCACCCGUCUUUGAAAUUUCUCAUGUGGAUCCAUUAGAAGUAUUUAACCUUUAUUUUGCAUUUUUAGAAAUAAAAGUGGCUUUUUUUGAGACUGUGUUCAUUGACUUGAAUAUCAUGUCAUAGUGUAGAAUAUCCUUACACAUAGUAGACAUUCCAUAAAGACUUGUUAGAAGAAUGGGGAAUUGAAACAUUGGUUUUUCUCCAUUGGAUGUUUUUACUGAGAUCACAUCUCUCUUGUUUUAAAGGCACUUGUGAUUAUCGUGGGGCUCUUCUUACGUCCAAAGCUGUGACACCGCUUAUUUCCAUUACUGGGGUUCUGCUCGAUGUUGGUCUAGGUUGUGUUUGUGUCUGGGUAAACAAGAAAAAGUGAUAUCCUACAUAAGAGCUCUACGUGUUCGUAAGCUGCCUAACUCUUAAAACCCAAAGGAGAGCAUUCGUGUAGAAUUUUUCUAAUUCUAAAACCCAAGUAUGAAAAUUCCUUUUCUUAAACAUCCCCCCCGGUUCUUCGUCUCCCAGACAGUUGUCUGGCCAUUUUGGCAUUUGCACGGGUGGCUCAAGAAUAUUACAGAAUGCCUCUGCAUUAGGUCAAUCAGAGAGCUUAGUUAAAGGGUAGAGCUCCUGGUUGACUGUUUCGUGUAUUGACCAAGAAAAUUUUCUUUGGGAAAUUAAACUGAUGUGAAAAUUUGUUAUCGAUGUUUUUUGUCACCUGGGGAAAAAGUUCAAACUUGCUGAAGAUGUUAGUCUGUACACUCUGUUCAUGCCAUGGUUGAUCUCAUUUCUGGAAGGAUCACAUUCCAAUCACAUUUUUUUUUUUUACUCUUUAAACUUAAUUUUACAUGCUCAAAAUAUUUUAAGCAUUGACAGAAUAACCGUUUUGAGAAUAGGAUAGGUCGUUCGUUCAUAAGGUGUCACAGCUUUUGAACACCUUACACAGCCAAUUGACACAUCACUAAUGUCACCACAAUUUGCAAGUGGCAUCUGUUUGCAGAGGUUGGACCGGCUUAAAAUAAAAAAGAAGGGAUGAUGCAUUAGGGCAGAAAUAUUUCAAUUGUUCCAGUAAAUCAGUGUUGAUUGUGUUAUUUCAUCAUCUGGUGCCUCUAUUGAUUUGAAAUAAGAUGAGCCAUCCUGUGUUAAUUAUUAGUAAAAGGAUGGUGAGGAAAGUAACUAAUAAAGGGACCUUCCUGACUUGCUAGUAGAAUUCCACGUUAAUUUCCUAUUUUAGAUAUCCCCUGAGAACUAAAUCACUCCUGGAAGUUGAAUCUAAUCCGGAUCUCUCACCACAUGACAGCCCACUGGUUAUGUCUUGCUCCCCUCUCCCUGUCUUUCUCAUCCCCGCCAUCCCACAGUUGCUAUUAUUUUCAACUCGGAAGUAAGCUCGAGAAGAAAACCUAAAUAUAAUGUGAAACGGUAAUGAUUUUACUCAUUUUCCGCAUCGUAAACAUCUGACAGCCUUGUUGAUCAAUUUCCUAUAGCUUGUCUUACAUGCGAUUGACUGCCUUUGUGACAUACUAUCCCCUAAAUUAUGUUUAAAAUGUUAUUUCCACUGAAAGAACUAUAGUAACGUUUAUUUUGUGCAUUUGUACAGAGUCUCCUUUUUCUCCCCACCCCCCAAGCCCACUAUCACAAUUGAAACUUGUCCAGAAUAUCCAUUACUCAAAUGUUGGAUAAAAGAUAACUUGGUAAAAAUAGUUUUGCUCUCUUGUGAGAAUGGGGGAAAUUUGAACAGAUUAUGAUUAAAUAGCCAUGGAAGAGUCGGGUAGCUUGGCGAACAGAAAGCCGGAGUAGGGUUGAUUUCCUGGCACUGCUUUCUUAGCAAAGAGAACAAUUUUAAUCAGUUACAAAAAUAUUUGUGAUCCGUAUGUUCCUCUGCUCAUCCCCAUCUGCCCAUAUUCUCUUUUAUCUCGGUAGAUGGUAACUUUAUGAUUCAGGCGUGCAAGAAUAAUACCUCGCUGACUUUGGAGCUCGGUGCUAUUUCAAAACGUGUCCUGGUAAUUACGCCACACACACACACACACACGCGCGCACACACACACACGCAUCCAGGCUGUUCCCGCUUUGGGUUGGUUACGUGAAUACCAGUUUGUUCUUCCUCUUUCUUCGUGGAAAGAAUUAUAUCUUGUAUCCACCUGCUGGGGCUGGAAUAAUGCAUCUGAGGCUUAGAUUUGAAAACUACGUUGCCAUUCACCUGCUGGAUUAAAUGCCACUUUGCAAAUAUGAGGAUCAGAGAAGGAAGACCAAAAGAUCGCGGUGAUCGUUGAAAACUUCAUUUUCUCUGGGAAAAGGAGAACAGAAGCCACAGAACAUGUGCUGCAUGGUGUUUAGCAACAAAAGAAGCAUCGGAAAGCCGACUUGGCCGUUGUAAUAAGACAGGAAUGAGACUAGAAAUCACGGACUCCGCUAGUGAUCCCGCUUUCAACAGUUGUUCUCCCCUUGCACAACAAGUGGUGUUGUAAUCCAAUAUGUUGUCCUUAGAGCCACGGUAAAAUCUGCCAAUGCUCGCGAAAUCAAAAUCUUCAAGUACGCUUCAUUAAAAAGGAGGCACGGAAACGGCAUUAGACUAUAUGAUACUCAUCUACGAUUGAAGCAAAGAGCCUUUGGUUUUUUAAAAAAGGAGGCAAGACCUUUAGCUCACGGGGUGAUGUGGAUGCUCAUUGAGGCAGACACACGAACUGGUUGUUGGUUUUUUGUUUUUUUUUUUAAUAUAAAGUGCGAGAUUUCACUAAAAAAGGUUAAAAUUGAAGUUGACGAUGGGUCACGCUGUGUAAGGGAAUCGCAGGGAGAUGGGCAUUCUGAACUGUUAAUGGGGACAUGGGACUCCAGUUGUCUCUGAUCACUGGUGUGGAUUUUCCCGGGGUAGAGCGACAGAAGCCGCCAGUAAGUCGCCAAGACCUACGUCAGGAGCUCUGCACGAAAGGGCAUCGAACCUUGCGAUUUUAACUUGCGUCCGGGAGGAUGUCCGAGCCAGGAGACCUGAAUCCGGCCAUCGUGGAGGAAGGCGGGACUGAGCAGGAGUCGGCCACCCCAGAGAAUGGCAUUGUGAAAUCCGAGAGUCUGGAUGAAGAGGAGAAACUCGAAUUGCAGAGGCGGCUGGCAGCUCAGAACCAAGAAAGAAGAAAAUCCAAGUCAGGAGCGGGAAAAGGUAAACUGACUCGCAGCCUUGCUGUCUGUGAAGAAUCCUCGGCCCGACCAGGGGGAGAGAGUCUUCAGGACCAGGAAUCAAUUCAUUUACAGCUUUCCAGUUUUCCCAGCCUGCGAGAGGAUGAUAAAUCUAGGAAAGAUGACUCAGAAAAAGAAAAGGAUAAAAACAAAGAUAAAACCUCUGAAAAGCCCAAGAUCAGAAUGUUAUCAAAAGAUUGCAGCCAAGAAUACACGGAUUCUACUGGCAUAGACUUGCAUGAGUUUCUGAUUAACACAUUAAAGAAUAAUUCCAGGGACAGGAUGAUACUCUUGAAAAUGGAGCAGGAGAUUAUUGAUUUCAUUGGUGACAACAAUAAUCAUUAUAAAAAGUUCCCUCAGAUGUCAUCCUACCAGAGGAUGCUUGUCCAUCGAGUGGCAGCUUACUUUGGGUUGGAUCACAAUGUGGAUCAAACAGGGAAAUCUGUUAUCAUCAACAAGACCAGCAACACAAGAAUACCAGAGCAAAGGUUUUGUGAACAUUUAAAAGAUGAAAAAGGUGAAGAAUCCCAGAAGCGGUUUAUCUUGAAGCGAGAUAACUCUAGUAUUGAUAAAGAAGACAAUCAGCAAAACAGAGUGCAUCCAUUUAGAGAUGACAGACGAAGUAAAUCAAUUGAAGAGAGAGAAGAGGAGUAUCAGAGAGUGAGGGAGAGAAUAUUUGCACACGAUUCAGUUUGCUCCCAGGAAAGCCUUUUUGUGGAAACCAGUAGGCUCUUGGAAGACAGUAACAUAUGCAAUGAGACCUAUAAGAAAAGACAGCUCUUUCGGGGCAACAGAGACGGCUCGGGGAGAGCAGCCGGGAGUCGACAGAGCAGCUCCGAGAAUGAGCUCAAGUGGUCGGACCACCACCGGCCCUGGAGCAGCACGGACUCUGAUGGCUCCAACCGCAAUCUCAAGCCCGCCAUGGCCAAGACGGCAAGUUUCGGGGGCAUCACGGUGCUGACCAGGGGCGACAGCACAUCCAGUACCAGGAGCCCCGGGAAGUUGUCCAAAGCAGGUAGCUCUGAGUCUAACAGCAGCACAGGCUCCUCCGGGUCGCUGCCCCGCACCCACGCACCUCUGCAGAGCGCGCCCCUGGCCCCAAGCGUGUCCACCGGCUCUCCUGGCUGUGUGCCCUAUCCCGAGAACGGAGGAGGGGGCCAGGCCGCCCCUAGCACCAGCUACAUCCUCCUUCCACUCGAGGCUGCGACAGGCAUCCCGCCCGGAAGCAUCCUGCUCAACCCGCAUACAGGCCAGCCCUUUGUGAAUCCCGACGGAACCCCUGCCAUAUACAACCCCCCCAGCAGCCAGCAGCCCCUGCGAGGCACCAUGAUGGGGCAGUCCCAGCAGCCGCCACAGCAGCAGCCCUCUCCUCAGCCACAGCAGCAGGUGCAGCCACCCCAGCCACACUUGGCGGGCCCGCUGGUCACUCAGUCGGUGCAGGGGCUACAGGCUUCCUCUCAGUCAGUGCAAUACCCAGCGGUCUCUUUUCCUCCCCAGCAUCUCCUGCCUGUGUCUCCAACACAGCAGUUCCCCAUGAGAGACGAUGUGGCGACGCAGUUCACCCAGAUGAACCUGAGCCGGCAGUCCUCAGGAGAGACUCCUGAGCCCCCGUCUGGUCCUGUCUACCCAGCGUCCCUCAUGCCACAGCCAGCCCAACAGCCAAGCUACGUCAUUGCCUCCACAGGCCAGCAGCUCCCUGCUGGGGGGUUCUCGGGCUCUGGACCUUCCAUCUCCCAGCAGGUCCUCCAGGCCCCUCCCUCACCACAGGGAUUUGUGCAACAGCCUCCACCUGCACAGAUGCCCGUCUAUUAUUACCCAUCCGGUCAGUACCCUACCUCAGCCACACAGCAGUACCGGCCCCUGGCCUCCGUUCAGUACGGUGCUCAGAGGGGUCAGCAGAUACCGCAGGCCGCGCAGCAAGCAGGUUACCAGCCAGUCCUGUCUGGUCAACAGGGGUUCCAAGGCCUCAUAGGAGUGCAGCAGCCUUCCCAGAGUCAGAACGUGAUGAGCAACCAACCGGGGAAUCCGGUGCAAGGCGUGAUGGUCUCCUACCCAACAAUGUCUUCUUACCAGGUGCCAAUGACCCAGGGCUCUCAAGGACUUGCCCAGCAGUCAUACCAACAGCCAAUCUUGCUACCUGACCAGGCAGGUCAAGGGUCGCUCCAGGCCACCGGAAUGCCUGUCUACUGUAACGUCACACCGCCGACCCCUCAGAACAACCUGAGGCUGAUCGGUCCACACUGCCCCUCCAGCACUGUCCCCGUGAUGUCAGCUAGCUGCAGGACAAACUGUGCAAGUGUGAGCCACACCGGGUGGCAGGUCAAAUUCUGAGCACUGUGGCUGCGGCACGUGUCUCCAGAUCGCUCGUGGCCGCUGAGGCAAGAUGAACAAAGGUGGGACGCUGGCUGAGGACUUAACGUAUUCACUCAACACCCAAACGAUCGCUGCUGGUAUUCUGUAAACACACACACACACACACACACACACACAAAGACUGAUACACACAUUAGCUGGUCAACGGUGCAUAUUUCUGUCAUGUCUGCUAGGUACGCCUUUGUAGCUUAGCUAGUGACAUGAUUUCAUCAAGGUAAGAUUUUCUCCUACCACUGAACACCACUGUGUAGAUGAUAAUAUCCCUCAUUUGGAUUAUUAGUUUUGUACUUUGUGUUGAGUUUGUGAUGCUAAAAGUAUUGAAAGAUCAUAUACCGAAAUCACAUCGUACCAAAGCUGUAACGGGAAAGAGAAGGAUUGAUGAAUGGAAGGAAUAAUUUAUAUACGCUAUAGAGUUUUCUUUUGUGUUUUUUUUAAUGGAUAUAUACUGUAUUGUAGUGUUUAAUCAAAAUAAAACUAUUUGACCUUAUGGAGGAAGGUCAUGUUUUUA